AUGGACCAAUCGACAGGAGAUUCAGGAAACGAGAACAAGCCUACCGCUACCAGUAUAGACGCGCAGUCGGGGGCUGACGAGACCAUGGCCUCCCCUAGCCGCCCUACCGGCUCUCAAUCCGGAGGUGUUUCGCCUGAAAAGGCUACUCCAACCCAGAACCCUUCAGACAACCCGCUGGACGCCCCGCCCUCACCAAAGGGACAGAAUGACGAGAUGGAGGAUGAAGAGAUGGGUGGCACGAACGACUCCAAGGCUGAUAACGAUGCUGGAGACGAAGGGGAUACCUCCAUGCUACAGCAGCAGACUGAUGGCAAUGUUGAUGGGCCGGCAGACCAAAGCAAGGCCGCGACAGAGGCGUCGGCGCGUUCAAAUCUCAUUGCGCAGACCCAUGCCAUCAUCCUACCGAGCUAUACCAGCUGGUUUGAUAUGAACACCAUCCACCCAGUCGAGAAAAAGGCCCUUCCGGAAUUCUUCAAUAGCCGAAACCGCAGUAAAACGCCGGCAGUUUACAAGGAUUACCGUGAUUUCAUGAUCAAUACCUACCGAGUGAACCCAGUCGAAUAUCUGACGGUUACAGCCUGCCGAAGGAACUUGGCCGGAGAUGUUUGCGCAAUUAUGCGAACACACGCGUUUUUGGAACACUGGGGUUUAAUCAACUAUCAGGUUGAUCCUCAGUCGCGCCCUUCAAAUAUUGGCCCUCCUUUCACUGGCCACUUCAGAAUCACUGCAGAUACCCCCCGUGGCUUACAGCCAUUCCAGCCUGGCCCAAACACAAUUGUCACGGCCGGAAAGCCUCACCCAUCCACCGACAGAGCUGCCGCCGCAACUCCACUCUCGAAAUCCGAUCUCAACCUUGAAAUCCGUCGCAACAUCUAUGACGAUAAAGGAAAGGAGGUUACCCCAUCUGAGAGCAAAGACAAGGAAACCAAUGGUGAGGAUGCAGUUACCAAUGGAACCCCUGCGGAGUCAAGCACCAAGGCCAUGGAAGCAUCCGCAAAGGAAGGUAAAAAAUCCUUGAACUGCUACGCCUGUGGGAUUGAUUGCACCCGAGUUCGAUUCCACUACGCAAAAUCAGCCCCCGUAUCAACCACCACAAACCCGUCAGAACUCAAAUACGAUCUGUGCCCCAACUGCUACCUCCAGGGUAGAAUGCCAUCCUCCCACCAAGCUUCCGAUUUCGUCAAGCUAGAGGAUAGCCAGUAUACUACCAUACAGGAUCGUGAGAAACCAUGGUCAAACUCAGAGCUCCUUUUGCUGCUUGAGGCUCUCGAGAACUUCGAUGACAACUGGCAGCAGAUUUCCCGACAUGUCGGUACACGAACUCCGGAAGAGUGUGUUAUGAAAUUCCUCCAACUUGAGAUUGAAGACAAGUAUCUCGAGGAUCCUGUUGAGGGUACCUCUUCUAUGCUGGGCUCUGCCGGUGGACGAGAGCCAGUCAGCCAGCUCGAGAAUCCGGUCUUGUCUGUGGUAACUUACCUGGCACAAAUGACCGAGCCUUCUGUUGCUGCUGCGGCGGCCGGCCGAACGGUUGAAGAGAUGCGUCGUGAUCUACAGAAACAACUUGACAAACGUACCGCAUCCACGACCAAGGAGAAAGACACUGAGAAGACCGGAGAAAAAGGAAAAGAAGCAGAAUCAAUGAAAGCCGAGGACUCCAUGGAGAUCGAUACUUCCAACGAAGGCCAGGAAGCGUCUGCCUCAUCAACAAGCCAGGGGAAGACAGCCCAAGCCACCAUUGCCUCCAUCGGCCUGGCAGCUUCUGCUGCUCGUGCCGGGGCCUUAGCAUCGCAUGAAGAGCGAGAAAUGACCCGCCUUGUAGGCGCUGCUGUCAACCUCACAUUGCAGAAACUUGAGUUGAAGCUAGCACAGUUCUCGGAACUCGAGGCUGUUGUUGAAGCUGAGCGCCGAGACCUCGAGCAAGCCAGACAACAACUCUUCCUCGACCGUCUCGGACUCAAGCGGAGGAUCAAGGAAGUCGAAGAAGCCUUCAAGGCUGCUAGCCUAGAAGGAAACGAAGCCGGUGCUGCCGUUGCCGCUCAAGCUCAAACAAUCGGACUCGGCGAGAACUACACCUUCCAGCAGACAAGCGCAGAUAAUGGCGUUAAUGCCGUCCAACCAUACAGUGCUAGUGGAGGCCCAGACUACAAAUCAUAUGAAAUAUGA